AUUUCUCACACGGUUUCAGGUUCUACACACGGCUGCGCAGUGGAUAGCGACUGUUGCUGAAUGCGAACGGCUGCCAUUUUGAUCUGAAAUAACUAGGAUCUGUAUUUCUUUGGCGCAAUAAUAAAUGGUUUAACUUAGUAGAUACAAUAGCUUUUUGCUUUCAGUUUUGAGGCAAAAUGCUUUCCGCAGCCCAGUUACUCGAUGAGUUGAUGGGUCGAGACAGAAACUUGGCCCCCGACGAGAAACGAUGCAACGUACGCUGGGACCACGAGACCACCUGUAAGUACUAUCUCUGUGGAUUCUGCCCUGCAGAAUUAUUCACAAACACCCGGUCUGACUUGGGUCCCUGUGAAAAAAUCCACGAUGAAAACCUUAGGAAAAUGUAUGAGAAGAGCUCCCGGUUCAUGAAGGAGGGCUAUGAGAGGGACUUCCUACGCUACCUGCAGUCUCUCCUGGCCGAGGUGGAGAGGAGGAUCCGCAGGGGCCACGCCCGUCUGGCCCUGUCGCAGGCCCAGCAGGCCGCAGGACAGGGGCCUGGUGGUCCUGUGGGGAAGAACGAGGAGAAAGCUACAGUCCUGACAGAGAAGAUCGAGGACCUAGUCAUGCAGAUUGAGGAGUUGGGCUCUGAGGGCAGAGUGGAGGAGGCCCAGGGGAUGAUGAAACUGGUGGAACAGCUAAAGGAUGAGAGAGAGCUGCUCAGCUCCACCCCCUCGACGAUUGAGACCUUUGCGGCCCAGGAGAAACAGAUGGAGGUGUGUGAGGUGUGCGGUGCGUUCCUCAUUGUGGGAGACGCCCAGUCCCGGGUGGAUGACCACCUGAUGGGCAAGCAGCACAUGGGCUACGCCAAGAUCAAGUCCACCGUGGAGGAGCUCAAGGAGAAGUUAAAUCGGCGAUCCGAAGACCCCGCCGGAGAAGACAAGGGAGAGCUAGAAAGCAAGGACUGGGAGCGUGAGAGGGAGGAGAGGGAGACUAAGCGCAAGUUGGAAGAGGAGGAGAAAGAGAAAGAGAAGGAGAAAGAGCGCGAGAAGGAGAAGGAGAAAGAGAGGGAGCGAGUGAAGGAGCGGGAGAAGGAGAGGGAGCGAGAGAGGGAGAAGAGAGGAAGGAGGAGCCACUCGAACAGCCGCCACUCCAGCCGGGCGUCGGACCGUAAGAGGAGUCGUUCCCGGGAACGCCGGCGGUCCAGGAGCAAGGAGAGGGAGCGCAAACGUAGCAGCCGGGACAGGGACCGGGAGAGGCGGCGCAGCCGGGAGCGUUCGGACAGGAAACGGCGCUCCCGCAGCCGGGAGAGGAAGAGGUCCCGCAGCUCCGAGCGCAAGUCUCACCGCCACCGGAGCCGCAGCCGGGACAAGGACAGGACGUCCAGAGACAAAGAGCGUAAGGAGCCGGAGGAGAGGAGGAGCAGCUCCAAGAAGGACGAGGUGUUAGAGGAAGACAAGCCUUCCUCUGACGUGGCCAAGCCUGGGCCCGUGGAGGCUGAGGCUCCUGCCUCCACUCUGGGCCUGGCCCUUCUGGCCAGGGUCAACGGGGCUGCUCAAGACGACCUCCAUUCUGAAGGUGACACUCAGUCCAAUUAAAACUGAUCUGAUAGGACCUCAGAUCAGGCUCAGGUAAGUGCGCCCUCCCCCGUCAUCCUGGCUCUCAAAACACACACCCCUCCCCCAUAUUCCCUCUCAAACCUCCCCCUCCUGUUCUCCUCUCCCCUGUUUACUUUCAGUUCUAUUGCCUUUGAUUUGUAUGUUGUAUCUUUAUCCUGUUGUUUUGGAUAUAGUGCAUCGUAAGUAUGCACUGAAGAUGGAGCUAGACCGAUGAGAGAAGAAGGUAGAAACAGAGGUCACAAAGCCCAGAGGGAAAGACCAGUGUAGUCCUGAAAAACAUACCUGGAGGUACCCCUCGUUUUGUAUCGGUUAUAUACAUGCAUACAUAUUAUAUAUCUCUAUUUUGUCUAUUGGACAAAAAUCUCUUACAAAUUUAAAUCCAAGCAUUUCUUUCUGCCUGUAUUGCCUCUUGUAUAUUUUUUUUCUCUUCAGUGAUGGUGGCCGUAACCAUGUCUUUUCAUUUGUCGAUUUUCAUAGCCUAUAUUGAAUGUAUUAAAGUGACUGUUUGUCUAGAUAUGUGGACAUGUAUCCACACAUAGACACUGCAUUUUACAGAUACUUUAAAAGUAAAGUGAAGCUAUAUAUGGAAGGAUCCGUACUAUUUCUUUGACCUACUGAAUGCACAGUCUAAAACCAUUUUUUUUCUCCCACUGCCAUGGAUAUUGUGUUCUAUAUACAGCUCACUGUUCUCUGAUAUGCAUUGUAUUGUAACACAGUGUGUUGGUUAGCAUUGGGCUGAUGAUGGAAGGGUAGGGGUUAAUGAAUGAUUGCAGCUGACUUCCAUACCUCACACAGCGUUGGUGUUGAGUGAGUGAGCGACCUCAUGAAAGAAAAAGGCAAAUUAAUAAACCCUCAAGGAUCAAACUGUCAAACUAUUCAGGUACUCACCCAGGUACUCCUUUCUCUACCCACAUCCAUUUCUACUGAAUGCUGUUGCCUGUGAGCCUACUGCUCUUUAUCAUGACUAAAGCUUGAUGUGUAUUGUUUCUCCUUUUGUUUUUUGUUUUUGUUUCAUCUUUUAAAGGUGUUGUUUUUGUGAAGUAUUUAUUAUCAGGAAGUGAUGAUGAUAAGAGGUACAGGUCAACUUGUUUGAUAUCCUCCAGCUGUCUAGUUUAAUUAGAUUUGAUGCUAAUUAGUGAACCUGCCUUUCAAGACUUCAUUGACUUUGAAAGUGUACCAAUUUAUAUUAUUUACAUGCUGUUGAUUGGAUUAUUUAUUUUUUUUGACCCAUGUUUGAUAUCGAUGGUUAUAUCGAUAUCAUCCAACUAACAUUCCUCAGUUUAGGUUUGUCUACAGUUCAUUUUAUGGUAAAGGGGAUAUCAAGCAGGUUCCAUAAUCUCAAAAUAGGAUGGUUAAAACUUUAAAGUUGAGUUCUAUUGCCUUAUACUGUGUCCCAAACUGAGUGUGAAGAGCAGGGUGGCCAUCGUCAGCUAAUGUCCACUAACAUUAAAGAGCUGUUGGAGAAACGUCCACACAAUGCCACGAUGUUCCCUGCUCCAAAAAUGCAAUUUAGUUUUCCCCAACGUUUGCUAGUUUUAGUUUAUUUUCCAGUUCGUUAGAUUAGUUACCAUUCCUCUGUGACAUGUCUGUAGGGGGAUUUCUAUUAAUGAGAAAUAUCUAUGUAUGUUUAUGUAUAGUUGAUGAUAACAGCUUGUGGCUGCUACAAGCUGUGUUACCAGGAUCUUUGCUAAUGUGUCACCUCUUUGACCGUUUGUGCACCCCAGGGGAUGCUGGGAAAUCUGGAGGAGGAAGAUCUGAAGACCACCUGUCACUCCACCCUGAACCUGUCUCUGCGCUGCUUAAAACAAGGUGAACCACAGAUGUAGUGGCUUAUUAAAACAACUGUGACAUCUAAGUCACAACAAAAGACGUGUGUAAGGUGCCCUCUGUCCUCCUGUUGUUUUGAAGAUCACAUUUUUAGCGCAGGACCAGACAUUCUUCAUUCAGUUUUCUGUUGUAUUUUUUUCCUUCAUCGUUUCUGAUAUAAAGGACCUUGUCUAGUAGCUGCUGAGGUAGAAUGGUACAUUAAGGCUUUUAUCUAUGUUCUGUUUCUCAUGCAGUUAUGACAAAUAAAAACCGUGCUUGUUUUGGUUUGUAAUGUCAGGUUUCCACGGUUUGACCUUUUUGGGAAAAUCAGUUGUAAAAUCAGUUCGGGAAGUGUUUGUACAAUGUUAAUCAGGAGCAUCUCACUCUUCUCUCUCUGCUUUCCACCCACCAGAUCUCACACCCACUGACUGAUCUCUAGCCCCUUACUGUAAAAUAUAGUGAGAUUUAAUUGAGCUUUUUUUGUUCUGAUUUUAAACCUGUUCAUCUUGAUCAAUAAAAAGAGCUUGAAUGA